AUGUAUAGGGCGCUACCCAUCCCGCCGUGCUUCCAAAGAAGCUUUUUGAGUUUUCACGGCUCUCCAGAGCACUUCAUUGCCGAGUCUACUUCACAACUAUCGGCGCCGUGGCCGAUGUUCGUCGAAACAACAUCUGAUAUCACUGAACAUCGUGGGACGGGUUCACUACCCUGA